CCGAGUUUCUACGGUACUCAUCUUUGGACGCCGCUUCAGCUUCAGCUCCAGCUCUCCAGCUCCAUCCGUCUCCAGCUCUGUUCCCUGCUCAGGAUCCCGUCUCCCACCCCAAACCACGCCAAACGCCUCAAGUGAAUCCACCCUAACGCACCCACAUCACCCCAAACAGUGGCCACUUUGCCCGCUAGGGGACUGCACCACGAGCCGAAGCACCCGCGGACCUUUCCAGCCAACGGCCAUUGCUGCCCACCAAAAGUCGUCGUAUCUGGGACGAAAUACGCUGGAACAUACGACGAGACGAGACGGUACUUCGUUCCACUGCCAAAAUCUCACCCAAUCUCAAAGUACCCGCCCGGCCUGAAUACCCUCGCUAUACGUUUUGUCUGGUGUCUAUACACGGCCACAUCGGACGUAAAAACAACAAGAAAAAAAAGGUACCUCGAAUACCGCCUCCUUUCCAAUUCAACCAGAAGUACAUGUCCAUGUCCAUAUUCUUUUCCCCAAAGGUACGUAAGAUGGGCAACCGCUCCUUUCCCUCUCUCUCUUUCCCCUGGCCAGGCUCCAGAGUUGCUCUCGCUCCCUCUCCGUCUUCGACCUCCGCCUGCAUUGAGCCGUGGACUUCUGCGACGCCUCUGCUUCUGCCUCUUCCUCAUUCUCUCUCCCCGUCUCUCUCACCCUCUCCUCUACCUUCUUCCUGUUUUCCCUCGAGACUCUGCUCGCAGGAAAAAAAAAACGUCUAAAUCAGUCUAAUACCCUACCUUUUUAUCGGUUCCUCCUGUUGGGUCCUUCUCCCUAGCUUACUCCUUCGUUCCAGUUGCACAUGGCGGUGGCGCCAGGUUGGAUGUGCAUCGAAGCCACAUAAUUAAAUCUGUACAUUUGUUCACUCAACUUUCCAUUCUCGACCCCGGGCCUCUUAUUAUUCAGACAUCAGCCCUCAAGGGGCCCCAAGCUCCCACUUCAUCUCUCUUCUCCCUUCUUCUUCUUCUCUCCGUUGCCCUCUGCUUCCAGCUCUUCCCCUUUUUCUCACCUGCUGCUACUACUAGACAUUUCUUUUUCUCCGUGAGAUCCAUCACCGACCAAUACUGACAUUGGCUUCAUCUGAAGGUCAUUGACGGUUCCAAACCUGCGAGGUCAAAACCUGAACCUGAAUUGGUCUUCAGCUGUACGUCGAGGCAACCAAAGGCCCCUGCUCGACACGCUACCAAAAGGCCUCCCCCAACCACAUCCGACAGCAAUUGUUACGUGUGGCUCGCCAGUCAUCGCCAAUUCGCCCAGAGCUAUCUCGAGUAAACGCCACCUUUCGCUGUCCGGCGUCGUUGAGCAGUCCAGUAGGCAGGGAAGCACAUAUCGCAACGAACAGAACGCAGCGUCGCACUCGUUGAGAAGCGCGGAUCAGCAACCAGCAAGCUACACUACUACCGAAACCCUGUCACCACUUGCAGCUGCGCUACCUCAUCUCCUGAGCGCGCGCGCCUCUGCCUGCUUGCCGCACGCCACUGCCCACCACCAACCAGCACCACCGCUCCACUCACUACCUACGCCUUUGGGCCCUGCCAACAACAAUUCGAGCGCGGCAACAAGCAACAGCGACAGCAAGCCGAGGUGUGUGAGAGGUCGAAAAAGAAGGACUGCCUUGCUGUGUACGCCCACCCCAGAAACAAGUCGGACAUUUCGCCUGUCGGGUCAUGACAAUUGGAUAGUCGCUGGAGCCAAAUACGUAAGGUACCGCAAGUACCUGACGCGACCUAAGGCUUCCCAGCGCUCCGCAUUGCGUCUCCUACGUCACCCCGCCCCCCCAAUCUGGCCGCUCUGCCCGUGAGUGUGUCUGCUCUUGGCUUGUCGCCCUCACACACACGUCGUGUGCCCUGCGCCCUCCAAACCCUCUUCUUGGCUUGCCGCAACUCUUUUUAGGGGCCGCUCCCCGACCCGCCGUCGUCCACCAUGGUCCGCAUCAUCCCUGGACGACUCAAGUCCAGCUCCUCCCUCCGCAACAGCCGCAGCAGCAGUCCUACGAGAAACAACAGCACCGGCAGCACCAACAGCAAGAUGGACUUGAGUCCAAAGGAGAAUGGCUUGACCUUGAAGGUCGUCGUUAUGAAGGCUCGAAAUCUUGCCGCAAAAGACAGACGCGGCACAUCCGACCCAUACCUGGUUUUGACACUCGGUGACGCCAAGGUGACCACCCACGAAGUGCCCAAGACUCUCAAUCCAGAAUGGAACGUCAUCGAAGAAUUACCAGUCAAUUCGACCCAGAGCCUCCUUCUCGAUGUUAUAUGCUGGGAUAAGGACCGCUUCGGCAAGGACUACCUUGGCGAGUUCGAUCUUGCUUUGGAGGAGAUCUUCGCCAACGAGCAAAUCGAGCAAGCCCCGAAAUGGUACCCUCUCAAGAGCAAGAGACCCGGCAAGAAGACCAGCGUGGUCUCUGGCGAGGUCAUGCUCCAAUUCACCCUCUUCGACCAGUCCAAUACAGCCGCUUCCCGCGAACAAGUAUUCGAGAAGCUCAAUGCCCUGCUCAAUCAGUUGCCUGCGGGCUCCCGACAAAUCACACCGACCAUGACCCCCCUCAUCCAGCCGGUCCAGAAUAUGAGGGUCAGCGGAACAAACCCGUCACCUCCCCUAUCGCGCAACCAAACCGACGCCUACCAAGAAGAUGACGAUGACGAUGAUCUGGAUAUCGAAGAUGAUACUCCCGAGGACGAUGAUCCCAGCAAACCCGAAGUCGCCGAGAAACGCAAGCGCCGCCUGCGGAUCAAGGGCCUCAAGAAGAAGAGAAGAGACCAAACAUACGAGUUCAAUAAUAGUGGAAGCGACGUUGUGGGAGUCAUCUAUCUUGAAGUUUUGAACAUUACGGAUCUGCCUCCUGAGCCCAACUCAACCCGGACUACAUUUGACAUGGAUCCUUUCGUCGUUGCGUCACUCGGCAAGAAGACGUACCGGACCAAACGAGUGCGGCACAAUCUCAACCCGGUCUUCAACGAGAAGAUGAUUUUCCAAGUACAGGGUCAUGAGCAGACAUACUCGUUCUCCUUUACCGUGAUGGAUCACGACAAGUACUCUGGAAAUGAUUUCAUCGCCGACUGCUCAUUACCCAUCAGGGAGCUCAUUGACAAGGCCCCUCAGGCAGAUCCCGAAACUGGUCUGUACGACGUACCCGAACCCCAUGAGUAUGUCGCCCCUCAACAGCGCCGCUUCAAGAAGUUGGGAAUGUCCCGGACAUCGUCUUCCCAAAGCUUGAGCAAGGUGCGACCUGGAUUGUCGAAGAAUGCAAGCAGUGCAUCCACAACUACCCAGACCGGAACGACAACGCCUACACCUCCCGCCCAGGGGUCGACUUUGAACCCCGAGUUCCUGUCUCCUGAGCAAGCCCUCGCAGGAGCCGGUGUGCAAACUGCCGAGCUUGAGGCAGACGAUGCGGAGUUCCACGAUUUCAGCGUCGCCCUGAAGAUGAAGGACGCCAAGAAGUGGGAGGCCAAGCACAACCCGGUCCUCUACAUCCGCGCCAAAUACGUCCCUUACCCGGCUUUGCGACAGCAAUUCUGGAGAUCGAUGCUGAAGCAAUACGACACCGAUGAAAGCGGCCGCAUCAGCAAGAUUGAGCUGACUACGAUGCUCGACACCCUCGGAUCGACAUUGCGCGAGUCAACCAUUGAUAGCUUCUUCCAGCGCUUCCCCCACAGAGCCCAAGGCGAUGACAUUUCGGACCUGACAUUCGACGAAGCUGUGAUAUGCUUGGAGGAUCAGUUGGAGGCUAAGAGCCGUCCACAACUCAGCGUCACGGACAGAAUGAAGGGCAUGCUGCCGGAUGCUGACAAGGUCAAGAAUCUGCUCUCUGCUCAAGGCACCAGCAACGUUCCCGGCGGUCUACCGGCAGAAGGGUCUAGCUCAUCCGAUGGAACCCUCGACGUUCCGGAGCUCAGCACUCCUGGCGAGGAAGGUGAAUUGCUCGACCGGGACGACCUGGCUGAGGACCGUGCCGGCGAGGAGCAUGUGGUCGAAAUCAGAGAGUGCCCUAUCUGCCACCAGCCGCGCUUGAACAAGCGCAAGGAUACCGACAUCAUCACUCACAUUGCAACCUGCGCAAGCCAGGAUUGGAGACAAGUCAACAACCUCGUCAUGGGCGGCUUCGUCACCGCUAGCCAGGCCCAGCGCAAGUGGUACUCCAAGGUCAUCACAAAGAUCUCAUACGGUGGUUAUAAGCUGGGAGCCAAUUCCGCAAAUAUCCUUGUUCAAGAUCGAAUCACUGGCCAAAUCAACGAGGAGAAGAUGAGCGUCUACGUCAGACUGGGCAUUCGCCUGUUGUACAAGGGACUGAAGUCGAGCAACAUGGAGACCAAGCGAAUUCGCAAGAUGCUCAAGAGCAUGAGUGUCAAGCAGGGCAAGAAGUUUGAUGAUCCGGCUUCUAAGGCUGAGAUCCCCAAAUUCAUCGAGUUCCACCGCCUCGACAUGUCUGAGGUGCUCCUUCCGACAGAAGAGUUCAAGAACUUCAAUGAGUUCUUCUACAGAGCUCUGAAACCCGAAGCUCGCCCAUGCUCCGCCCCUGACCGUCCUGACGUUGUCGUAUCUCCCGCCGACUGUCGCAGCGUUGUCUUCAACAGUGUGAGCCAGGCGACCCAGGUUUGGAUCAAGGGCCGCGAGUUCUCCAUCAAGCGCUUGCUUGGUGAUGCCUAUCCCGAAGACGUGAAGCGCUUUGAGAAUGGCGCUCUUGGUAUCUUCCGUUUGGCGCCCCAGGAUUACCAUCGCUUCCACAUCCCUGUGGACGGUGUUUUGGGCAAGCCCAAGACGAUUGCGGGAGAAUACUACACGGUGAACCCCAUGGCUAUCCGUUCCGCUCUCGACGUCUAUGGCGAAAACGUCCGAGUUCUCUGCCCGAUCGAUAGCCCGACUCACGGCCGUGUCAUGGUCAUCUGUGUUGGUGCCAUGAUGGUUGGCAGUACUGUGAUUACACAGAAGGAGGGUGCACAAGUGAAUCGUGCCGAUGAACUCGGCUACUUCAAAUUUGGUGGCAGCACGAUCGUAUUGCUAUUCGAGCCGGGCAAGAUGAAGUUCGAUGACGACCUGACUGACAACUCCAACGGGGCUCUCGAGACCCUGGUUCGCGUCGGCAUGUCUGUUGGACACGCUCCCGACCAGCCUCAGUGGGAACCCGACAUGCGAAAGGACGCAAAGGACGUCACCGAUGCCGAGAAGAAGGACGCCAAACGCCGGAUUGGAGGCAGCCUCGGCAGCGAAGAGUCAUCCAGCGGCGAAGAUACUCCGAACGCCAGCGCCGGCAUCACCACGCACGCUGCGUCGGCCAUGUAGAGUCGCCGUCUUCGCGUUGCGUGUGAGCGGUUCGGGCGUCAUGUGCGUUUUGCCAGCGGUUCCGAAUACGAGUACCUAUCAGUGACUGGAAGAUAGAGGAGCAAGAAUAGGUAGACAACAAAAAGGUGUUGGGGAAGAACUGGGUGAUUUUCUGGCUCUUCGCAUGAGCCGCGUCGAGCUUGUCUCUUGUCGUUUCGCUUCUGCGAUGUUGGUGGCUUUCAACAGACACACGACAUGGUUGAAUGCGACGGUAGUACAGCGAUUGCAGCGAUUACGGCACCGAGCACAAGGGCACGGGAUGUGGGAGAGCACACACAUUAUUGGAUCAGAGGCAACACUUUUUUACGAAAUACAGAGUACAGAAAACGAGAGUAGGGAAGAGUCUAGGGUGCGGGGAGGGCCUUGCUUGGCGAGGUGGGGGAUCAGCAAUGUCGCUCGCUCUCUUUGAAUGAAUGCAGCAACAUGUCAGUUUUCUGUAAAACGGGCCCCCUCCCUGGUUCCUGAUGAAGCCAAAUGUGAUGUGGUGACCAAUGAUUUGAUGCGUCGAGGUCCAAAAGGGAAAGUUUCCUACCUGCAGUGAGGCACCAGAUGAGUGCAUGUCCCCACGAUGUAGGUUAUGGAGAGGUGCAACAGCGUAGAUUGAGACUCUGGGAGGUUGGGCACCAUGCUGGACAUGAUGGAUGACACGAAUCGCGUAGGGAACGAGUGAAAGAUGGGACAUGAUCAUUCCGUGACCUUCUUCUAGAAGGACCGGACCAGAGUCUAAAGAAGGGGAGAGUUGUUCAUGGCAUUGAUGAAGUCAGGAUGGAGC